AAAUACAAGAUAUAUAACAUAUAUUUUUGUAAAUCACCAUAUUCGUGGAAUAUUUAUUCAUUAUUAAAAAAAAAUAAAAAAAAAACGAAGGUCAAAAUGCAUAUUCAAAAGGAGGGCAUAUGACCUGACUUCGUGUACGUAGAUAAAGUAUGAAAGAUAGACUAUUCGCACACUAUCUCAUGCACAUUCUUGUUUGAUUCAUCAUAUUUAUGUCUAAGUCUCGAGUGUGAAAGAAAGACUAAGAUAUGAAAUUCGGAGCUAAGCUUUUUCAUAUCCCCUAUUCCGAUCAAUAUUCCUUUUUGAGAAUAUGAAAUCAUGCCCACAUUUCUUAAUUGCCUUUACAGUUUGAAAAUUGUAUUUGUACGAGGGCACCAAUUGAAAAUAACAUCGUUGGGGUCUCUUGUCAAAUAUACGACUAUAUAAAACCCAUAUCCUUUGUGUGUGAUACACAUAUAUUUUGUAGAAUUCGUUUCAUUUCGUACAAUGCCUAGAGACAGAGACCCUCUCGUUGUUGGUAGAAUUAUAGGGGAUGUUUUGGAUCCAUUUACAAGGUCCGUACCACUUAGGAUUGUAUAUGCAGAUAGGGAAGUUAAUAAUGGAUGGGAUUUCAGACCCUCUCAGAUUGUUAACCGGCCUAGGGUUGAAAUUGGUGGUGAUGACCUUCGUACUUUCUACACUCUUAUAAUGGUGGAUCCCGAUGCUCCAAGCCCAAGUGAGUCUAGCCUCAGAGAAUACUUGCACUGGUUGGUGACUGAUAUUCCAGCAACCACUGGAUCUAGCUUUGGACAAGAGAUUGUUUGUUAUGAGAAUCCACAGCCAACAAUGGGUAUCCACCGCUUGGUUUUCGUGUUAUUCCAACAGUUGGGCCGCCAGACAGUGUACGCUCCGGGGUGGCGCCAGAAUUUCAACACCAGGGAGUUCGCCGAGAUCUACAAUCUUGGCUCGCCCGUAGCUGCCGUAUAUUUCAACUGUCAAAGGGAGAGUGGCACGGGUGGACGAAGAUCGUAAAGUGGAGAAUAUAUGUAGAAGCUUUAAUUACUCUUUAUUCCUUCAUAUAGGUUGCAAAUCGAUAGGGGUCUUGAACUUUUGUAAAAGGUCUUGCAAGCUUUGAAUAAAAUAAGAAAGCAGCUAUUUACAUUAGAAGCACAAAGCUUAAAUCACCAGAUAAAGUGUGUGUGUAAAAUAGAUGUAAACAUCUUAUCUAUAGCUUCAAGUUACUAUUCUA